GGUUUGUCUCGCUAGUUCCGGUUAGCUUCACUUAGCUACAUGACGUGUAUGCAAGCUCCAAGUAUAAACACGGGCGGUCCAGCAUCCUCCAGUAAUGAGCUGCUUUUAGGCUUGUCAGAGCGGAUAAGCCGAACGGUUUUGGUGUCCAAACAAGCACAACCGGCAUGAACCAACUGAGUCCGCCCAGUGUUGACGGGAGUUUUUGGCGAUAGAAACUGUUUUCGCUGAAGCUGCGCAGAUAACAGUCAUGACUGGAGGACGACUGGGCGGGUUGCUCGCUACGUUCACGCUGGAUUAGCAGUCACAUCUCCGCCUGUGGUCCGUUACAUCAGCAGUUCCAACCCGUUUCUUUCAGUGUAUGUUACCGGGGAAAGUAGUACAACGAAGUUUCGGUGGAGCCUCCCCCGGUGCUCCGACACGAUGAGGUAACGGGACGGGGUUACCUAUAUGAGACAGCAGCAACCUGUUGCCGGUGACGUAGAGAGGAUGAGCGGAGCCGUCGUAACAUUACUGCUGCUGCUCAGCUACCGUGCUGCCUUUACUGUCUCCAGGUCCUUGAACGCACCGCAGGACGCAGGGGUUCUUCCUCAGCAAGGACAGACUGACGGUACCGACAGUGUGACCGUGACAGGUGUGGACAGAUGGCGCCGCCCCCUGCUGGGGAGAACGCGUCCCUUCAUCCUUAUGGGUGGACAGAGCCGAAGCCUGGCUGAAGCACUACAGGACGGUCACCCUGACAGGCUGCAGUGUGGACUUGAGGUAGGAGGGCAGCUCUUCCUGCUGGACCUGGAGAAGAACCAUCACCUGCUGCCCAAACCGCCCAACGUCUUCUACUACCUGCCCAACGGUACUGGAGUGUCUGUGAUAGCCGAUCCUGUGACUCACUGUUAUUAUCACGGCAGCGUCCGAGGGUUCCCCCAGUCCAGAGUGGCCCUGAGCACCUGCUCCGGACUCCGCGGUGUCAUCACCAUCAACUCUACUCUGAGCUUUGAGCUGCAGCCACAGGAUGACCACCAAUGGCAGGUGGAGGAGGAUGCGGAAGAAGGGGAGAGUGGAGGGGAAGGCAGCAGAGGAGGAGGUGGUGAUGGAGGAGUCAUCCACCUGCUGUUCUCUGCUAGCCCUCUGGAGGGCGACAGUGUUGGAGUCUGCGGGGUCUCUCACGCUACCGUCCCUCCAAUCCACACCUCCAUACGCUCACACAGGAGGAAACGCGACAUCCUGUCUGAGACCAAGUACAUCGAACUGGUGCUGGUGGCCGAUCAUCAGGAGUUUCUCAACUACCAGAAGAACAACAAGACCAUCACCUACCGCAUGCUGGAUGUGGCCAACCAGGUGGACUGGUUCUACCGUCCUCUGAAUGUCCGCGUGGCCUUGAGUGGUGUGGAGAUCUGGAGUGACCGUGAUAAGAUCCGGGUGGAGAAAAGUUCGACUGUCACCCUCAACAACUUCCUGGAGUGGAGAACCCGAGAGCUGCUGCCUCGGCUUCACCACGACAACGCCCAGCUCAUCAUGGGCGGGUCUUUUGAUGGCACCACAGUGGGGAUGGCGUCUCAGUCAUCCAUGUGCUCCAGAGACAGGUCGGGUGGGGUCAACGUGGAUCACCUGGUCAGUGUCCUGGGUGUGGCCUCCACUGUCGCCCAUGAGCUUGGUCAUAACCUGGGAAUGAGCCACGACACCACUGAGCGCCACUGCUCCUGUCAGAACGAACCGCGGCUCGGAGGAUGCAUCAUGGAGCCUUCAACUGGGUUCAUGCCGGGUCAGCUGUUCAGCAGCUGCAGCACUGCAGAUCUAUCUGUCAGUCUGCUGCACGGAGGCGGCAUGUGUCUGUUUAAUGUGCCGCAGCCGGAGAACCUGCUGGGAAAGCCGCGCUGUGGAAACCUGUAUGUAGAGAAGGGCGAGGAGUGCGACUGUGGCUUGCUGCAGGAAUGUGAGGACCCCUGCUGUAACGCCUCCACCUGUCGACUGGUUCCUGGAGCUCAGUGCUCGUCUGACGGCAUCUGCUGCCAGGACUGCAAACUGCAGGCAUCAGGUUCAGUGUGUCGUGAGCCGCUUGGAGAAUGCGACCUCCCAGAGUUCUGCACCGGCUCCUCUCCCUACUGCCCCCCCAAUGUCUUCCUGCAGAAUGGAGAGCCCUGCGAGGAUGGUGCCUCCUACUGCUACGGAGGAGUCUGCGCUAGCAUGCACACCCAGUGCAAGGCACUGUGGGGACCCAAUGCCACAAGUGCACCGGCUGUAUGCUUCUCAUCAGUCAACAAACAAGGAAACAAAUAUGGAAACUGUGGUCAGCUGAGCAACGGCUCCUACAUUGCCUGUGGAAGCGGCGACGUUCACUGCGGCAGGAUCCAGUGUCAGGGCGGGAGGAAGCGCCUCCUGCUGGACACCAAUGCAGAGAUCCAUACCACCACUGUCCGCUUCAACCACAGCGACCUGGUCUGCAGAGGAACCUUCUUCCACCUGGGAGACGUUGUGUGGGACCCCGCCAUUGUAGCCCAGGGCACCGCCUGCGGCCCCGGCAAGGCCUGUUUGAACCAGAAGUGCCAGGAUGUGUCUGUGUUUGGAGUGGACAAGUGUCGCGGGACAUGCAACGGCCACGGCGUGUGUAACAGUAAUAAGAACUGUCACUGUGAUGUGGGCUGGGCUCCGCCUGACUGCAGAUAUGCUGGUCAUGGAGGCAGCGUGGACAGCGGCCCGGCCAGAGCUGCUCGAGAGUCUGACCCAGUCCGAAUCGCCCUGCUCAUCAUCUUCCUCUUCAUCCUGCCCAUGCUCCUCCUCUUCCUCGCCCUUCGCUUCCCUCGUUUCCGUCGGAGCCUCCUCUGUCUGGGACCAAACAGCCCGUUUCACAAAGCUCGACAACACAACCGCACUCCGGCGAUGGAGCGAGUGGACGGCAGGAACGGGGAGCAGGUCCGACCUCUCAGGUACCACCUGAACCCUCAGAUGGACAUCCCGCUGACACCGCCUCACAAAGAGGUUCAUGACAGACCUGCUCCUCCCACUAAGCCACUCCCCCCUGACCCCGCCCUAAAUCCCCCGCCACAGCGACCAGCCCCCCCCAACAAGCCUCUGCCCCCUGACCCCCCUGACCAGCAGCUGGUGAGUCGACCAGCUCCACCUAGCAAGCCACUCCCCCCCGACCCGGUCACACCUGCACAGGCUCCUGUCGAGCUCCGACCUGUGGUGUCCAGAAAACCUCACCCUCUGGUCCCGCCAUCCCAGCCCCAGUUCCCCCCUCACCCUGGCUACACCCCGAACACCAAACCACCACAGCACAGAGCCGCUGCCAACAGACGACCUCCGGCCCGCCCGGUUCGACCCACAGUUCCUCAGAAAGUCAGCUCAUCCGAGCUUUAACCUCGGACUGAUCUGAGAAGCUGUACCUGAAGAGGCCGCUGUUUCUUCUGCGUGAUGAAGAUGAUGAUGACAACGGCCAUGUUAUCCAGCUGCACCCGCCCAUUGGAUUUAUCUCUGAGUCCUUCAUGAGCUCACAGAAAGUGACUGAACGCUCAGUGCCUUGCUCAGCAGCACCUUGGCAGACACACUCUGGACACUCAGGAAUCAAACCCGCAACCGCUAACUGAUGAUUUGUCCUAUUGUAGCGCCCUCCGGAGGCAGCAGGAGUUUCAGUGCCUUCUCAUUGUCUUUGGAUGAUUAAUUGUUUAUCCAUCUACUGAUCAGACCUGUGAUCAAUGUAAAGAGUACGUGGUUACCAAACUGUGGCCCAAGGCCCUCUGAAGGACUUAAGGAAGUUCCUGGAAAAAAAAAAUCUGACAGAAUGUAAAAGGUUUUUAUUCAGAAGAACAUUUACAUCUUCUUAAAAGGAAUAAACCUUCAUCAGAGGGGUCAUGACUCGGCUUCUGUCUGACAGGACUGAAUCACCAUCGCUUUGGACUAACUGUUCAUAAGACGGUGUAAAAUCUGGUACCAAGCCUUUU